UUUAGCCUCUGUUUGUUGCCGUGGUCGCUCGUGCCUGUUAUCAGCCGGAAAAGUUAGCUUCUAUCUUUAACUCCAGAUGUCAUCAUCUCCCCUAAGAGCCAUAACAAUGCAGGCCGGUUGGCACUCCCUCCUUCGGCGCGGCGGCGGAAUCAUGAGGGACAGUGCCAGUCUGAUGUGGACCUCAACGCGCGUUGGGACGACCCACGUGAGAGCCAGGCAAAUGGCACUCUCCGCCGCGCCUGCUCUGUGCGGCAACGUGCUCAAACGUCAUAUUCAUGCGUCGCCGUCCGUGACCCCUGACCUGAAUCGACCUCGGACGGAACUAGCCAGUGCGAGCCAAGGUCACAACGCACUCAAGAUCCGGUGGCGUGGCGGAGAGCCGGACGAGUUCCCGUACGUGUGGCUCCGCGACAACUGCCUGUGCUCCGACUGUUUCCACCGGAGCGCCUCGAGCCGCCUGCUGAGGGUGGCGGACCUCUCGAUGAACGUCCGCCCGAGGGAGGUGCAGGUAUCAGAUGACGGGGAUUUUCUUAAAGUUGUGUGGGAAAACGGACACGAAAGUACAUACGAAGCUGAUUGGCUGAACGAACGAGCCUUUAACACGCGCCAGCAAAGUGUUUACAAUAAUACGUACAGACUUCGCCCAGAGCUUUGGGACUCGAACAUGUCCCAGAGGAUCCCUAGGGCCUCCUUCGACGAACUCAUGGAGGACGACGCCGCAGUCCUGAAGCUCCUGGAGAACAUGGAGGUCCUCGGGUUCACGGUGGUGUCCGGCGCCCGACAGGAGGAGGGGGAGCUGCAGCGCUUGAGCGAGAGGGUGUCGUACCUCGUUGCUUCGAACUAUGGGACGACCUUUAUUGUUAAGGAUAAACGUGAUGCGAGCAAUGUUGCUUAUACUAGCCACGGACUUGACUUGCACUGUGACUUGGUCUGUCUACACUACAAGCCUUGUGUCCAGCUCCUGCAUUGCAUCACCCAGUUCUCGGGCGACGGCGGAGACUCCAUCCUGGCCGACAGUCACCGGGUCGCCGUCCAGAUGAAGGAACUUUACCCGCAGAAGUUCCGGUUUCUAACUGACAUCCUCGUGAACUUCCGCGACGUCGGUAUUGACGAAGGGUUCCAGUUCGACAUCAUAGCAAGAAGGCCCAUGAUCAGCGUGAGACCCGACGGAGAGAUCAAGACGGUAAACAUGAGUACCUUUGGUCGCGACUCCCACUUCGGCGUUUCUCCGGAAGAGGCGGUCAGCUGGUACGACGCCUACCUCACCUUCUGCGAUCUCCUGUACCGCCCCGAAAACUACAUCACUUUCAAGUUGGAGGCCGGCGAUAUCCUCAUCAUGGACAACCUGCGCCUCCUCCACGGCAGAACGGCCUACAAGGACACCGCCGAAGGGGAACGCCGGCUUGAAGGAGGCUUCUGGGACUGGGACAUGAUGAGGUCGCGGCGCCGUGGCCUCCAGAUGAAACUUGCGGGCUCUUCGUAGGCAAAUCUGGCGGUCGCGUUUGGAAAAAAAAAGCGGCGGUUUUGGUCUGGAGAGAAUUUUUUAUUAUUAUUUAUAGGCGGGGGUAUCAUUAAGGCUGCAGGAAUUAAUGUAGAGGAAAAAAAGAGGAUAUAUGUAAUUUGUAUCCAGGAAAGGUGUAACUAGUAACUCACUCUUGCCUUUCGUUAUAUCUCUUUACAUAAUCAAAAAAAGAAGAAAAGAGUGUAAUGUAGUAAAACUAUCGUGUGUAAGUUCUAAAACUCCCCAACGUACAUAGUCACAAGUAUAAAGUGUCAGAUGAUUAGAUUAAACAAACAAACAAACAAGCAACGGAAAUACAAUGGACAAACGUCUCAUAUGCCGGCAAAUAUAUAUGUAUAGUAAAUAUAUAUAUAUAUAUAUAUAUAUAUAUAUAUAUAUAUCGCUGUGUGGGUCCGGCUUUAGAAUAUAGUCCCACCGUAUCCCCUGCGUGAUCGUAAAAAGCGACUAAAAAGGGGUUGCGACAGGAAGGGCAUCCGGCGUAAAACUUCUUGCCAAAAUCAACAAUGCGCGAAUUAAAGACGCGCUGCGGCGACCCCGAAUAGGGAUGACGCUAAGAAGAAGAAGAAGAAUAUAUAUAUAUAUAUAUAUAUAUAUAUAUAUAUAUAUAUAUAUAUAUAUAUAGGGUGAAGCAAGAGGCUUACUGUUGAAUAAUAAUAGCUAGAAUGGGUUAAGAAGUACAAGUAUUUGCGUAUUACCUUAUAUGCUAACUGAAAAUUGUAUGGCAUUGGGAAAUUAAAUGGAAAGUGUAAUUGUAGAAUUUGGCCAUUACAAGCAAUAACAUGUAACAGGCUACGGGCACCCUUAAAUGCUCUUAGACAAAUGUAUAUUGUAUAUGUUAGGAGUUUUUUUUAUUAUUAUGCUGUAACACUGCCCAGAACCAAAAUAGAAAAUAAGACCAGGUUCAAAGCAAAGCCAUGAGAGUAGAGGCAUGACAAAAUUAAGAGAUGAAUUGAUCUAAUUUCAAUAAGAGACAGAAUACUUGAACACGUACGACUGACGGACUUUUCCUCAGGCACACAAUCUUAGCUAACUGCCAUCGUUAAUCAUUAAUACUUAAUAAUAAUCAUUAUUAUUAAUACUUAAUAAUGAUACAUUAAUGCUAUAAUUAAUACAAUAACCAUCAAUACUUAUAAAUGAAACGCUUUUAUUAUUUGU